CCCAGCACCCGAGCGAAGCUGGAGGGCAACCACACGGCCAAGAUCUACCGCAAGCACUUCUUGGGCAAGGAGCACUUCAACUACUACUCCCUGGACCCUGCGCUGGGCCACCUCGUCUUCUCCCUCAAGUACGACGAGCAGGAGCACCUCCACCUGCUGCUGCGCCCCCGCACCCGCACCCUGCACGACGUGGUGCCCAUCUCCUGCUUGGCCGAGUUCCCCAAUGUGGUGCAGAUGGCCAAGCUGGUGUGCGAGGACAUCAACGUGGAUCGCUUCUACCCCGUGCUUUACCCCAAGGCAUCCCGUCUCAUCCUUGCCUUCGAUGAGCCCGUGCUCAGCAACCACUUCAAAUUCGGGGUGAUCUACCAAAAACUGGGGCAGACCUCCGAGGAGGAGCUUUUCGGCACCACAGAGGAGAGCCCAGCCUUCACCGAAUUCCUGGAUGUCCUGGGGCAGCGGGUGCAGCUGCGGGACUUCAAGGGGUUUCGGGGGGGGCUGGACGUGACCCACGGGCAGACGGGCAGCGAGUCGGUGUACUGCCACUUCCGCGACAAGGAGAUCAUGUUCCAUGUCUCCACCAAGCUGCCCUACACUGAGGGGGACACCCAGCAGCUGCAGCGCAAGCGCCACAUCGGCAAUGAUAUCGUGGCAGUGGUGUUCCAGGACGAGAACACCCCCUUCGUCCCCGACAUGAUCGCCUCCAACUUCCUCCACGCCUUCGUGGUGGUGCAGCUGGCAGGAGGUGGCACCCAGUGCCCCCUCUACAAGGUCUCUGUUACCGCCCGUGACGAUGUCCCCUUCUUUGGCCCACCGCUGCCCGACCCAGCCAUCUUCAGAAAGGGCCCUGAGUUCCAGGAGUUUCUGCUGGCAAAGCUGAUCAACGCCGAGUACGCCUGCUACAAGGCUGAGAAAUUCGCCAAGCUGGAG